AGGGGAAAAGAGAGAGAGAGAGAGAGGAUUCCCCCCUCUCUUUCUGCAUCAGGGAGCGAUUGUCCUGCAUGCUGUUCUUGGCUGGCUGCUUAUUCUCUCCUUUCUUUCAUUUGGAAUAGCUGCAGUUCCGCUCUGCAUUGCCCUGCUGCAGGACCCAUCCUCCUUCACUCCAAGAGGGAAAAGUUCUCUUGUGUCACCCGAGAGCCCAACGCGAGCAGCGAGGUUCGCAUUAACAGAAGAUCCCUGCAGUUCUGCAUCUUCCUUGCCUCCAGAAAGACUCAAAUCAGAAUGGCUCAUAUCCUGUUGAUAUUCUCUGCAUUUGCCCAAGUUGUUUCUGUGAGCACGUUCCCCUUCUCCAGAGAAAGCACAGAUGACCUCAAAGUGCUGCGAGUCUCCAUUCCCAGACAUCCACCAGUACGAGCUGUGCUCUCUGGCAGCCUCACCAUCCCCUGCCAUAUUACCUAUCUGCACCCGUUGCCCACUUCCAGAACGGCAGGGCGCCAGCCUGCCCAAGGGGCACCUCGUGUUAAAUGGACCUUCAUGGCAGAUGGGAGAGAAGCUGAGAUCCUGGUAGCUCGGGGCCUCAAAGUGAAGGUAAACGAAGCUUAUCGUGACCGAGUAUCCCUUCCCUUCUAUCCGGAUUCACCGACAGAUGCCACUUUGCUCCUGAGUGAACUGCGAUCUAAUGAUUCUGGGGUCUACCGCUGUGAUGUGCAACAUGGGAUUGAAGAUGGCCAUGACCUUCUGGAGGUGAAGGUGAAAGGAGUUGUGUUUCUUUACCGGGAGGGCUCUUCCCGCUAUGCAUACACCUUUGCCAAGGCCCAGGAAGCAUGUGCCAGGAUAGAUGCUGAGAUUGCAACCCCGGAACAGCUGUACGCUGCCUACCUCAGUGGUUAUGAGCAGUGCGAUGCAGGCUGGAUAGCAGACCAAACUGUCAGAUACCCUAUACACACCCCUCGCGAAGCUUGUUAUGGAGACAUGGAUGGGUUCCCUGGAGUUCGUAACUACGGUGUAGUGGACCCAGAAGAUAUGUACGAUGUCUAUUGCUACGCCGAAGAACUGUAUGGAGAGCUGUUUGUGGUGAGCUCUCAAGAGAAAUUCACUUGGGAAGAGGCCAAAGCCGAGUGUCGCUCUCUGGGAGCAGAGAUAGCAACAACAGGCCAGCUGUAUGCAGCAUGGAAUGAGGGGCUGGACCAUUGUAACCCUGGGUGGCUGGCAGAUGGGAGUGUGCGCUACCCAAUCGUGACCCCACGAGAGAAGUGUGGGGGGAACAUGCCGGGAGUCAAGACUAUCUUCCUCUUCCGCAAUCAGACUGGAUUCCCCGAUCCCCACAGCAAAUAUGAUGUGUAUUGUUUCAGAGAAGAUACAAACCCUUUCUCUGAGUCUCCAGCCUCCGAGGCAGAGGGCAGCAAGGUGAUUGUGGCUGUGACAGAAAAGAUGGAAGAGCUGCAGCUGCCCCAAGUGGAGCAUGAGGUGGCCGAGGAAUCCAGAGGCGCCAUUUACUCCGUGCCCAUUUCAAAGGACAUCCUUGAGGCUCAGCAGCCCCGCAGUGCCCCUGAAGAGGCAGCGCUUGCCCCUGAGGCCCCACCAGGGCCCAAGGCAGGUCCCGUUAGCUGUGAUGUCAGACCAGGCCAGAGAAACCAGGAAGGGGGAAAAGAGAAAGAUGGAAGUUGCACAGAGAGACACAGGACUGGUGAAGCACCUCAUCCUGACUCAGAAGAAACCUUAAGUGUUGAAGAUGAUCAGAUGUUGGACCCAGGUCUGCAGAUUGAAGAAGAACCUGAUGAAGAACAGAAUGCACCUGCCUCUUCAGAAGCUACUCCAGGGGAGGCCAAGCUAGAUAUGGAAGAAGCAGUUAUUGGGCAUCAUUCUCAGGCAUGGCCCAAAGUCUCUCCAGAGCUCAGCAAGUCUAAGGACAAGAAGAAACCCCACAGCUUCCACAGCCCAGCGAAUCCUGUCCCAUCUCAGCAACAUGGAAGGGAAAGUGGUACAGAAACUGGAUCGUCUGUUAACUUAGAUGCUCAUGAAGCGAGUAGUGGGGUGGGGUCUUCUGAUGGGGUACACAAAGCUCCCUCAUCAUCUACUUCUGAGACUGUGGCUGAAGAAAAGAUCAUCCCUCUGGAACAAGUGGAUCGCAAUGUCGGUUAUAGCGAUCUGGAAGAAUCCAGGUUUCCCCAUCAGCCUGAAGAUUCAGUGUUGCAUGAUGCCUUUGCGACAGUCGCCACCCUAAAGUCAAGUCAGAAGGACACACAGUCCCCUCUGACCCCUCAACAUGGGCUCAUUUCUGGACUAGCAAACACCCACUCCCCUAGUCAAUCUGAUGAAUCAGGAGACACAGAAUUUUCAGGUGCUGUUCCUCAGGGGACAGCCAUACCAGUCGAGAUGAUACCGAUGGGUGAUACAUCAUUACCUGUACCUCCAAGUACUGUGCUCCCCAUUCUGCAAGAAAACAGUGAGGAACAUUCUGGAUCUGUCUGGCUUUCAUCCACCAUUGCUACUUCCGGUCCUGAGGAGGCAACAUCCAGCUUUGACUUGGGACACCCAAAUGACUUCCAUCUUCCUUGGGAGGAUAAUGAGACUGAGGAGGCCACUGAGACAUACGAUGUAAGCACUAAGACAGUGGAUGAAUCUGAUGAGGAGACAGAAACCCCUGACGAUGUCACUGAGGCCAUGGCAGACUCUUUCCCAACUGGAGAAGCCGAAGAACAUAAUGGACAUGAGGAGGUGGCCACUGCACUCAUGGAGGGCAUCUCUGAAGAUGUUUCAGGCUCAUCCUUUAUGGGCACUCCAUUGACAGAGCUGUCCUUGACCACGGCUCACCCUCUGCCCGUCCUGCCCACUGAAAGCGCCAGCCUCGGAGCAGGUGCAAACAUUUCAGGUGACUGUAUCCCAAACCCAUGUAUGAACGGAGGCACCUGCAUGGAAGAGGGAGACCACUUUGUGUGUCUCUGCCUGCCAGGGUAUGGAGGAGAUGCUUGUCAAAUAGCCCUGGAGAAAUGCAAGCCUGGCUGGGACAGCUUCCAAGGCUUUUGCUACAAGCACUUCUCCACCCGACGGAGCUGGGAAGAUGCCGAGACCCAGUGCAGGAGCCAUGGGGGGCACCUUGCUAAUAUCAUGACACCUGAAGAACAGACCUUCAUCAAUGAUCAGUACAAAGAAUACCAGUGGAUUGGCCUGAAUGACCGAACAAUUGAAGGGGAUUUCCAGUGGUCAGAUGGAAGCCCCGUGCUUUAUGAGAACUGGCAUCCUGGUCAGCCCGACAGCUAUUUCCUCUCUGGAGAGAACUGUGUGGUGAUUGUGUGGCACGACGAUGGGAAGUGGAGCGAUGUGCCUUGCAACUACCACCUGUCCUACACCUGCAAAAUGGGACUGGUGUCUUGCAGCUCACCCCCUGAGAUGGCAAAUGCUCAGAUAUUCGGCAAACCAAAGCAACGUUAUGAAAUCAAUUCCAUCCUCCGGUACUGGUGCCAAGAAGGGUUCACCCAACACCACUCACCUGUCAUCAGGUGCCAAGAGGAUGGCCAGUGGGAACAGCCACAGUUCACCUGUAUCCCAAGGAUAGGCCAAUUCCAGGAAUGAAGAGCUAUCUGAGACUGUCCGUCAACCCCAAUGCACAGUCGGAGUCAGGAGUAUGCACAAACAAGCAGGAAGUGACAAUGGUGCCUUAAGUCCUUGCUCUUUUUUAUUAUGUGUAUAUAUAUAUAAAGAAAUUCUAAUAACUAAAUAUUUCCAUUUAAAUGAAACAACUCCUUCUCAGCGGCAAGAUAAAAUAUAACUUUGUACUUUG